ACGCACUCGGUCAUUUAUUAUUACGUUUAUAGCGCAGGGUAUACAAGUGUUUGGCAAGUUCGAAAGGCGUUUUUCAUUUUUGGAAAGACGGGCGCGAGACUCGUUGCGGAAAAAGCUCAUUAUGAGUGAAAACGUUAAAUUUAUCGUGACAGAAGUAAAUAAAUUAUUAGGACGAAAUUACAACCUGAUCGGAUUCAACGCCUUAAAUGCCGAGGAUUUAUUGCAGAUAUUAUGCGGUGUUCUGAUGAAGAUACAACAGCAAGAUGGUUCGGAUGUCGAUAUCAAGUUGGAUUCGCCGGAAGAAAAUUCCAUAUAUAUUUUAACAGCCCUUCGAAUACUUAAUUACCAGCCCGAUGUGGAUCCCGUGACAUUUAGACAAGGUUUAAUUCGAGGCGAAAUCGAAAUUAUUCAUCCUAUAUUGACAUGGCUCCUGACGCAUAUCGACGUAGUUCGGAAAAGAGCGUAUCUGUCACGGUUUCUCGUCAAGCUUGACAUCCCGUCUGAGUAUCUGGGAGAUUCGGAAAUAUCCCUUUUACACGAGCAGUACUUGUCCCUCGUCGACAGAUUUAAGACAAUUCAUAAAGAAAGAGAGAUAGGAAAGAAGGAUGUUGAAAAUGCCGUUGAGCUCGCAACGGAUCUGCAAGCAAUGGCAAAGGAAAAGGAGGCAGUGACAGCGCGUAUCAGCAGGAUCAAAACGAAGGCCGAGCCAGCGUUGCAUUUACUCGAUGCCUGCAAAUUGUUGCGAACGGAAAGGGACAAGGAACGCGAUUUGAUAUCGCAGAAGGAACAAGAGGAGGACACUAUCACCGAUUUACAAAGCUCCCUUCAACGAGUCGAACGCGAGUUGCACGCUUUGAAGCGCGACAGCACCGGGCUCACACCACAGAUCUUAAUCCAACAUCUGACAGAGGAAGUGACAGUACAAUCGGCGAUCGUGAAGGAGAAGCUUCCGUCUGAGUUAAACGCAAAGAAGAAUCGGAUGAGAGCGUUGUCGGUGGUCAAGGAAUAUUCUUACUUGGGUCCGGAUAAAAUUUUGACCAUGAGAAACAAUUUGGAUGCGGUAUUAAAGGACAUACAAGACUUGGUGGAGUCCAAAAUAUCUAAAAACGAUAUCGAUAAAAUGGGACCGUUUAGGCAGCAGGCCGCUGCUGUCGGAAAUAUGAAACGCAACGCUCUUGAACGUUUAGAAAAGAUCGAAAGUUCCUUGGAGGAAUUGCAAUCGCGAUUGAAAGAGAAACGGGAUCAUUCGAAAACUUUAUUGGAGACAUCAAUACCUAGAGCGGAGGAACUGAAAAAGUAUAUCAAUCGUUUGAAGACCAAAGGUACAUUGUACAAGCGUUGCAAAGCGGAGAUAGCGGGUCUAAAAGCCGAAAGCGGUGUACUUAAUCGAACAGCAGCUAUUCUAGAUGGACAGAUAACUCAUUCUUACACAACGAAUGUUACAUCUAAAGUGACAAUUCCAGAAAGUUAUACGCUGGAUAAUGCAUUAGUGACAAAUACUCAAUUGUCUCAUUCGAUAUUGGCUCUGCGAACCAAUCUUGCCCCAGUCAUAAGAGAUAUGAAAUCAUUACGGCAAGCAUCACGUGAGACUGACGAGAGGUAUCAAAAAGCAUGCAAAAGUCAUAACACGGUAGAAAUGACUAUGAAAAAUACGACGAGCGAUUUAUUGUCCGAAACAAAACGGCUAAAGAACAAAUUAUUACAGGACACCAACGAUAAGAAAGAAUUACAAGAAAAAAUUGCAAAAAUAAAGAUUACCGAGGAAAAGCUACGUAAUGAAGCAAAAACCAACAAUGGUUUGAAUAACGUAGGGCAAGCAUUAAAACAGGAAUUACAUAAUACGAUUGUAAAAGAAGAAGAAACUUUAAGAAAUUCGAAUAAGGAACAAGAGAGGAUAAAAGAACACACCAUGCAGUACGAGAAUAAAACGCAACAAUGGAAUAAUAUCAUAUCAAUUUUUUCUUGUAAAAUUCAAUGUGCAGAAGAAAGUAAACAGACUGAUGGCAUAGUUGUGCGAAGAGGAGGCGCUGAAACUCUUGUGUUGCAAUAAUAUUAAUAUUCACUUGUUAAAUAUUUAUUUGACAUAUUUUUAAUAGAAUGCUAGAUAUUUAUAAAUGUGUUAAUUUAAUAAAUAUUUUAAAUAUAAAAGAAAAUAUACACGAUAUGUUAAAAAUAUGUACAACGUACAUUAAAAAGGAGUAAUCUGUGUUUUACGUA